AUGAACACCUUCCUGCUCUCUGCACUGUGCCUCCUUGGGGCCUGGGCCGCCCUAGCAGGGGGAGUCACCGUGAAGGAUGGAGAGUUCUCCUUUUCUCUGGAGUCAGUGAAGAAGCUCAAGGACCUCCAGCAGCUCCAGGAGCCUAGGAGGUCUAGAAAUACUGGUGGAUCCCUCGUUCCCAUCCUCUGUAGCUCCCUGAGGUUUCCCGAAGAACUCAAGCCUCUCUGCAAGGAGCCCAAUGCCCAGGAGAUCCUGGAGAGGCUCGAGGCCAUCGCCGAGGAUCCGAGCACGUGUGAGAUCUGUGCCUACGCUGCCUGUGCUGGAUGCUAG